AUGGGGCAUAAGAAGCGGAACAUCGCUCCUCGCUCCAAGGCAGCAGCGGCGUCGUCGGAGGAUGCGGUAGCCGCCGACGGUGUUGCUUCAAACCCUUCCUCUGCCAGAAAACCCGCGAAAUCGGAUUCUGCUGAUUUGGACGGGUACGGGAUCGCCAACAGCAACGAGAGCCCUUCUUCUUCUUCUUCUUCCUAUGCUAUGUUGAAGACCGAAUGCGAGCGUGCCCUCAACGCUAUGCGCCGGGGGAACCACACCAAAGCCCUAAGGCUGAUGAAGGAUUUGUGCACGAAGCACGAGAGUUCUCCCCACCUGGCUUUGAUUCACCGUGUCCAGGGCACUGUGUGCGUGAAGAUGGCCUCCAUACUCGACGACCCGAACGCGAAGCAGCGGCAUAUGCGGAAUGCCGUGGAGAGUGCCCGGAGGGCCAGCAGCCUGUCCCCAAGUUCAAUUGAGUUUGCGCACUUCUACGCCAAUCUGCUGUACGAAGCUGCAAAUGAGGGGAAGGAGUACGAGGAGGUGGUGCAGGAGUGCGAGAGGGCUUUGAUGAUCGAGAACCCUGUGGACCCUGCCAAGGAGAGCUUGCAGGAGGAGAAUCAGCAGAAGAUCUCGACAGCCGAGGCUCGAGUGGCCCACGUUCAGAGUGAGCUCAGGUCGUUGAUUCAGAAGUCGAACAUCGUCUCCCUCUCGACUUUGAUGAAGAAUCUGGGCAAUGGGGAUGAGACGUUUCGGUUGAUUCCAAUCAGGAGGGUAACUGAGGACCCGAUGGAGUUGAGAUUAGUUCAGACACGGAGGCCGAACGAGAUUAAGAAAGUGGCCAAGACACCCGAGGAGCGGAGGAAGGAAAUUGAGGUUAGGGUGGCUGCGGCUCGUCUUCUGCAGCAGAAAUCGGAGUCCCCUCGUUUGGUCAAUGAUGAGGAUAGUGGUAAUAACAAUAGCAGGGGGCCGGAUUCUGGUAUGGGUUCAGGUCACAGAUCAGGAGAAAGAAGGAAGUAUGGUAAUGCGAGGAAAAACGUAACUUCGGAUGAGAGAAGGGAUUUGGUCUGGUCAUAUUGGAACUCUGUGAGUGUAGAUGUGAAGAAAGAUAUGCUGAGAAUUAGUAUAUCGGAUCUGAAGGAGCAUUUUAGUUCAUUGAAAGAUGGGUUGUCAAUGAGUGAAGUGUUGAACGAGGCUUUAUCUUUCGGGAAGAAGCACAAAAUGUGGAAGUUUUGGAUGUGCUGUCGUUGCAAUGAGAAAUUUGCUGAUGCUACUUCAUUCAUGCAUCACGUUGGGCAGGAACAUGUGAGCUGCUUGCUGCCCAGAAUGCAGUUCAUUUUGCCCCAAAGUGUGAAGGAUGAAUGGGCUGAGAUGCUUCUACACUAUUCUUGGAAGCCCCUAGACCUGAAUGAAGCAAUUAGGAUGGUUGGGAGACAGCAAAUAUCAGUGGAGUCUGAUUUCCUUGAGGAAUCCACUAACAGCAUGGAUGAUUCAAAAGAUUGCUUUCUCGAUUCAUAUUGCAGUGGGUACGAAUGGGAAUUAUCACCUAGGAAGAAAAGAUCAGGUGAUAAGUUCGGCAGCAGUGGCCAGGACAGCAGGGAUUUUGAAGGGGUUGAGUGGAUGGACUGCGAUGGAGAUCGCAGCAGUAAGGAAAAUUUACUAAAUGAAAAUUGGCCUUUGUCUGAUGACCCUGAGCGUGCCAAGCUUCUAGACAGAAUACAUGGCGUUUUCCAGACACUUAUAAAAAACAAAUAUCUGGCAGCAAGUCACCUUAGCAAGGUUAUCAAUUUUGCAGUGGAGGAGCUGCAGAGUCUUGCUUGUGGUUCACAGCUGCCCCAUUCCAAAUUGGAACAAUCACCUAUCUGCAUCUGUUUCUUGGGUGCCCCAGAGCUUAAGAAAAUCCUGAACUUUUUGCAGGAAAUCUCACAUGCUUGUGGACCAAAUAGAUAUUCUGAUAAAAGUAAUGAUGGAGAAGAUUCAAAUACUCGGGCACGAGGUAUCGAGAUCUUGGAGAAGUUAUUUUUUGGUCAAGACGAUUCAUAUUUGGUCCUUGAUGAGCAUUUUCUCCCCUGCAAGGCCCCUUUAUCUUUUGAUGAUACCAUUAAUUCUUCCAGUGCAGUAAUUUCAUCUCAUUUGCGCUAUGAGAAUGGCGUCAUACUUGAUUCAGAUGCAUUAUUGUCCUGGAUAUUUAAGGGCCCUACGAGUGGUGAACAAUUAGCAUCCUGGAUGAGGAUGAAAGAUGAGAAAGCUCAGCAGGGUUUGGAGAUUCUCCAGUUGCUUGAGAAGGAGUCUUACCAUCUGCAAGGCUUAUGUGAGAGAAAAUGUGAGCACAUGAGUUAUGAGGAGGCAUUGCAGGCCGUGGAGGAUCUCUGUCUGGAAGAGGGAAAGAGAAGAGAACUUGCUACAAUUUUGGUCCGCUGCAGUUAUGAUUCUGUUCUCAGGAGAAGACGUGAAGAACUUAUCGAAAACGACAACGAGGUUACCAUUAUCAGCAAUAGAUUUGAGUUAGAUGCCAUUACAAAUGUUUUGAGGGAUGCAGAGUCACUAAACGUUAACCAAUUUGGCCUUGAGGAAACAUACAAUGGUGUUGGUUCUCAUCUUUAUGACCUAGAAGCUGGUGAGGAUGAUGAUUGGAGAGAUAAAGACGAUAUACAUCAGGUGGACUCUUGCAUAGAAGUUUCAAUACAGAGACAGAAAGAGCAAGUUUCUAGUGAGAUAAGCAAAAUGGAAGCAAGAAUAAUGCGGAUACUUGUGGCGAUGCAGCAGUUAGAAGUUGAUCUUGAGUCUGCAUCUUCCCAUGAUUUUAGAACCAUCCUACUCCCUCUAGUAAAAUCAUUUAUGCGGGCACGCCUGGAGGAUCUGGCAGUGAAAGAUGCCAGAGAAAAAUCUGAUGCCGCAAGGGAGGCAUUUUUGGCUGAACUUGCUCGGGAUUCCAAGAAAGGCAUCAGUUCUGGAGUUGAUAAUUCAAAACAUGCUCACGAGAAGACUAAGGAUAAGAAGAAAAGCAGGGAGAGCCGGAAAAGCAAGGAUUCAAAGGCUACUCAGUCUGAUGAGCCGCCCAAUCAAAUAUCUGAAGAGAUAUUGUUUCCUAGUGGUUAUGAUGCUGAGGAUCUGGUUCCUGCACUUGCUGAUCCUGGGGUUGAUGAUGCUUUACGGCUACAGGAAGAGGAAUACAAACAUACAAUUGAGCUUGAAGCUGAGGAGAGGAAGCUUGAAGAAACUUUGGAAUAUCAAAGACGGAUAGAAAAUGAGGCGAAACAGAAACAUCUUGCUGAACAGCAUAAGAAAUACUUGAGAGCUGCUGAAAAACAAACAGAACCAGUUGCGGUGUCUCAUGCACAUUUUCAGUCCUACACCGAUGACAAAGAUGCGAGUGACCUAUCAACAAACAGGAAGAAGGAUGGAUUUGCUGAUGUUUCAGAAGGUGUGCUGGAUAUAUCUACGAAUGGGGCUAUGCUGCUAAGUGGCUUACCAAAUGGAGGUAUUUCACAAGGGGCUGUGUCUUCUGAUCGGCGCAUGGGAAGGAGGGGUAGACGGAGUAAGGGUCUAACCACCAAAUUAAGUGAUGGAAAAUGUCCUCCCCUGACAUCUGAAAAGGAAGAUAGUGAUGCUGGUCAGCCGAGAUUUGAACAAAUUUCAAAUGGUUAUGUUGAUAAUGGAGGAAAAACAUUGAGACAACUUCAAGCUGAGGAGGACGAUGAAGAGAGGUUUCAAGCUGAUCUACAGAAAGCUGUACAACAAAGCCUCGCUGUGACAGAUAAUGGUAUGGAUGAUUAUGGAACAGGGCUAAUGAAUGAAGUUGGUGAAUAUAAUUGCUUUCUCAAUGUUAUAAUACAGUCCUUGUGGCACCUAAGACGAUUCCGAGAUGAGUUUUUGCUAAGGUCGUCAUCAGAACACGUUCAUGUUGGUGAUCCUUGUGUUAUAUGUGCUUUGUAUGACAUCUUCAAUGCUCUGGGUAUGGUAUCCAAAGAUUAUAGAAGAGAACCUGUUGCCCCAACCUCUCUUAGAGUUGCUUUAAGCAAUUUGUACCCUGAUAGUAGUUUCUUCCAGAAGGGUCAGAUGAAUGAUGCUUCUGAAGUGCUGGGUGUAAUAUUUAGCUGUCUUCAUCGAUCAUUUACUCCUGCAUCUGUAGUGACUGAUACGAAAUUAGUAGAUACUAGCUGUACUGGCUCAUGGGACUGCACAAAUGCUUCUUGCAUUGCACACUCAAUAUUUGGAAUGGAUAUAUUUGAGAGAAUGAACUGUUACAACUGUGGCUUGGAGUCCAGAUACCUGAAAUACACGUCUUUCUUUCAUAAUAUCAAUGCCAGUGCUGUCAGAACAAUGAAGGUUAUGUGCCCAGAUGGCUCCUUUGAUGAAGUUUUGAACCUGGUUGAGAUGAAUCAUCAAUUAGCUUGUGAUCCUGAGGUUGGCGGCUGCGGGAAGCUCAACUAUAUCCACCACAUUCUCUCCUCGCCACCACAUGUUUUCACAACAGUCCUGGGUUGGCAGAAUACUCGCGAGAAUGUUGAUGAUAUAAUGGGGACAAUAGCAGCCUUGUCCACUGAGAUAGAUAUCAGUGUCCUCUAUCGUGGUCUUGAUCCCAAGAAUAGACACCGUCUGGUUUCAGUGGUUUGCUAUUAUGGACAACACUAUCACUGUUUUGCCUACAGUCACGAUCAUGAACAGUGGAUUAUGUAUGAUGACAGAAUUGUGAAGGUAACCAUGCUCUAA